CAACGGUAUGGCUACCGACAGCGCUCAAAUUAUUGGGGACCUUACGACUUCGAUUUCGAGAACCAUCACGGCCAUAUCUCCAGCAGAUGGACACUCGGACCUCAACUCCACCACCAACGUCGAUCUCCCUUUCAUCGAGCUCUUCGACUUCUACUUCUUUCUCCCCAUCGCCGUGGUCGGAAUACCAUGCAACCUGGUCGUUAUUGGGUUCAUUGCCUUCGUUCCUUCACUACGAACCAUCAUCAACCAACUCAAGGCCAAUCUUGCCUUGGCCGAUGUCAUCUACCUGACCGUCAACCCACUCAUCAACGCUCUCGUGGUCAAUGAACUCAACUGGUGGCAAUGUCAACUCAUCAGCUACAUGCAGUAUAUUGCUCAACAAGCGACAUGUUGCUUGCUCCUGGUGAUGACGAUAAUAAGGUAUGACGCAACAAUGAAUCCCCUGACGUCAGAAGCGAGGUGGACGGGCGCACGGAGAACCGUCGUUAUCAUUAUCGCUUGGACAGUGCCAAUCCUGCUGAUGAUACCAAGCAUAUUCUUCACCGAGUGCGACGAAACAAUCUCCAUCGGCCACAUCGUCACCUACAGCUAUGUAACAAUGGUCAUCUUCAUCAUCCCAAUGUUCGUCCACGCUUACUGCCACUUCCGCAUUCUAAAGGAUUUCUCGCGCAGUGACCGGGAGCGCAAGAAAAGCGAAGGCAGCAUCCGAGGCACGCAUCACCGAGGCCAGCGACAUCGCGACAAGCGUUCCCUGACCCGACAGAUUAUCGUCAUCGUUCUCGUCUUCUUCGUCUGUCGCGCUCCGCUCGAGGUCUUUCUCAUCUGGAAAGUCAGCACCAUGUACAGAUACGGGGACGCGUUCGUCCUCGGGCGGACGGCGUUGAUCGUACACCUUGCGUGCAAAACCUUGGCCUACUGCACCGGCAUCAUCAACCCGUUCCUUUACGCCUUCUGCAGCCCGAGUUUCAAAUCUGUCUUCAGGGAGAUGCUCCCGAAAACGUGGAGAAAGGACAAUGCUGGGUCGUCCACGCACAUCUUGUCAAGGCGGGACAGCCGUCUGAGCCGAAACCAAAGAAAUUCGUAUACGUUUGAACGGGAAAAUCGGAAGCAGAAUCAAAUAAAUUGAAGCACCAGAGAAAGGAGCGACGAGAUGAACAUUCGCUGCUCAGCAGUGAUUGGACAUUCACGUCGAUGAUUAUAGUGACGUUUGAAAAAUUUGAAAAAAAUGAAGAAAAAAAGAAGAAGAAGAGAGUAAAGACUGUUCCACCUUUUAUCACUACCUCAAAUUUCUGUUGGUUUUGUUCAUGUUUUUGUUGUUGACGUUUUCUUGUUGUUCUUGUGACUAUUAUUUAGUUGUAAUAUGUUAUAUCGUCAAGAUAUUUUUUAUAUGUAUUCGACCUUUAUGCUUUCCUACAGAACAAUUGAAUAAUGUAGGCCCAUGCCUAUGCCAUCAAAAGGGUUACUGAGAAGCAACCUGAC